AUGGAGCCGUCAUCAUCGUCCGCCGACGCCCGGCGCCCGUCCCACGAUUCCCUCUCCUCUGUCUCGACGACGAGCCUCGUCUUCGACCGGCUGCACGAAGAGACGGAAAAGGCCCCCGCCAUGAGAAAGACGGGCAACGGCGGCAGGGCCCCUCGCCUCGGCCACCCGCACAAGCUGGAAGAAGGCGGCGCCGACGAUGACUCCUUUGACGAAACGGGCCCCUUUCUGGGACAGUCUGGCGGACCCCCCGAGCGGAAACCCAUGGAUCGCGGCCUACGUCGCGUCCUCAUUAUUGCCGGCGGCAUCGUUGCUGGUGCCUGGCUCGUCGCCCUCGUCCUCUUCCUCGCCUCCGGCUCCUACAAACACACCAGCGAUGCCGACCACAACCCCGACGCCGACACCCGCGGCUCUGGCAAGACAAUCACCAUGGACCAGAUCCACAGCGGCUUCUGGGUCCCCAAGUCGCAAACAAUCAGCUGGAUUGCCGACCCCGGCGGCCAGGACGGCCUCCUUCUCGAGCAGGGCGCCACCGGCAAGGACUACCUCGUCGUCGAGGACGUUCGGUCCAACCAAGGCGACAACUCUUCGGCCGUCCGCGAUGCCCACGCAGACACCCUCGCAGGGUCUCGCACGCUCAUGAAGAGUGCAUAUUUUGAGUACAAGGGCAAGCCGCACCUGCCCGACUGGCUCAAGCCAAGUCCCGACUUGAAAAGGGUCCUCCUCGCCGUCGACCGCGAAAAGAACUGGCGCCACUCCUUCACGGCCAUCUACUUCAUUCUCGACGUCGCCUCCGGGAGCGUCGAGCCGCUCUUCCCAGCCAACGACAAGGCCAGGGUACAGCUCGCCACCUGGAACCCCACAAGCGACGCCAUCUCCUUCACCAUGGACAACAAUCUGUACCUCAGGAUCCUCGCCGGCGAUGGCAAAGCAUUCCAAAUCACCACCGACGGCGGCCCUGACUGUUUCUACGGUGUCCCUGACUGGGUCUACGAAGAGGAGAUCUUCGGCGGCCGCACCGCCACCUGGUGGUCUGAAAACAGCAAGUACAUUGCCUUUUUGCGCACAAACGAGACUCGCGUAAAGGAAUUCCCCGUCGAGUACCACCUCUCGCGCCCCAGCGACACUGAGCCGCCCGAGGGCGAAGAAGCCUAUCCCGAGGUCCGCCAGAUCAAGUAUCCCAAGCCCGGCUCCCCCAACCCCGUCGUCGACCUCCAGUUAUUCGACGUCGUCCACCAGGACGUCUUCUCUGUCGACAUCGCCGACGACUUUGCUGACGACAACCGCAUCAUCAACAACGUCCUCUGGGCCGGCAACCAGCUUCUAGUCAAGCAGACGAACCGCGUCGGCGAUCAUCUCAAGGUCGUCCUGGUCGACGUGGCUGAUCGUUCGGCAAAGACUGUCAACGACGUCAACGUGGCCGAGAUUGACGGCGGCUGGCAUGAGAUCUCCCACAAGAUGACCUACAUCCCCGCCGACCCGGCCAAGGGCCGACAGCACGACGGAUACGUCGACACCGUCAUCCACGACGACUUUGAGCACUUGGCCUACUUCACCCCUCUCAACAGCUCCAAGCCGCUCAUGCUCACGUCCGGCAGUUGGGAGGUCGAGGAUGCGCCGUCGGCCGUCGACCUCGACAAUAACCUCGUCUACUUUGUCGCCACGCGUGAGUCGUCGAUCCAGCGUCACGUCUACUCGGUCAAGCUCGACGGCUCCGACCUCAAACCCCUGACCGACACCUCGUCCGAGGGCUACUACGCCGCCUCCUUUUCCGAGGGCGCUGGCUUCGCCCUGCUCUCGUACCGGGGACCUGGAAUCCCGUACCAAAAGGUCAUCUCGACGCCCUCGACGCCCGCCCACUACGACCGCACCGUCGAGGACAAUGCCGAGCUGGCGGAGCACGCCAGGAAGCACGAACUGCCCGUCGUCAAGUACGGCACCCUCGACCUCGGCGGCGGCGUCAGCGUCAACUACAAGGAGCGCCGGCCCCCGCACUUCAACCCCAGCAAGAAGCACCCCGUGCUCUUCCAGCAGUACUCGGGCCCCAACUCGCAGUCGGUCACCAAGCGCUUCGGCGUCGACUUCCAGUCGUAUGUCGCCGGCGCCCUCGGCUACGUCGUCGUCACCGUCGACCCCCGCGGCACCGGCUUUCUCGGCCGCAAGCACCGCGUCGCCGUUCGGUCGCAGCUCGGCUUCCUCGAGGCGCAGGACCACAUUGCCGCCGCGCGCCACUUUGCCUCGCUCGACUACGUCGAUGCUGCCCGCCUCGCCAUCUGGGGCUGGUCCUACGGCGGCUUCGCCACGCUCAAGACGCUCGAGCAGGACGCCGGGCGUACCUUUUCAUACGGCAUGGCCGUCGCGCCCGUCACCGACUGGCGCUUCUACGACAGCAUCUACACGGAGCGCUACAUGCGCCUCCCGGCCGACAACGCCGCCGGCUACGACGCGUCGACGGUGGCCAACGCGUCGGCCCUCGGUCAGAACACGCGCUUCCUGCUCAUGCACGGCACCGCCGACGACAACGUGCACUUCCAGAACUCGCUGCACCUGCUCGACGCUCUCGACGUCGCCGGCGUCGAAAACUACGACGUCCACGUGUUUCCCGACAGCGACCACAGCAUCAUGUUUCACAGCGCGAACCGCAUCGUCUACGACAAACUCAACAACUGGCUCAUCAACGCCUUCAACGGCGAGUGGCUCAAGAUCAAGGACCCUAAGCCACACACCAGCCGUCUGCGCAGGUGGCUCGCGGCCCUGGCUCCGGCGACGGUCCGCAGGAUAUGA